GGCCGGUGGAUCCCUCUCUGACCACUACAGACGAUCUUCGGAGUUGUGUGUGUGUAGUGUGUGCGCUCCACUCCCGCUGGCUGCUAUGACCUAGCUACCGGACGACACUUUCCGUUUUUCCACGCUGACCCUUCCGCCUCAAACUGCAGUCCCCACACUCAACGUUACGGUCGUUUAUGGUCGCAUUACCGCCACUUUUUCAUCGUAGCUGCUGGCCUCCGGGGCUAGCUGGCUAGCAGAGAGGGGGUGACGGAGUGGAGCCAGCUGGUCGGACUGAGAAUCGGCAGCGUUAGCAAACAAGCUAAUUAGCGAGAAAGACUCAGCCUGGAUUAUUGCCUUUAAUCAAAAGAGAGCAUAGGUCUGCGGCUUCACCCACUGCAGCAAAAAUGAAGAUAACUGUGGAUUUCGAGGAGUGUUUGAAGGACUCCCCAAGGUUCAGAGCCACCAUAGAGGAAGUGGAGGGGGAUGUGUGCGAGUUGGAAUCCAAGCUUGACAAAUUGGUGAAAUUGUGUAUCGGGAUGAUUGAUGCUGGAAAAGCCUACAACGCAGCUAACAAACAGUUUGUUAAUGGGAUCCGGGAGCUUGCACAGCAGUCCACCAAAGAUGAGGUCAUUGAGUCCAGUCUCACAAAGUUUGCCGAGAGUCUGCAGGAGAUGAUCAACUAUCACACGAUAUUAUUCGAUCAGGCCCAGAGAUCAAUCAAGACGCAGCUUCAAACCUUUGUCAAAGAUGACCUGCGUAAGUUCAAAGAAGCCAAGAAGCAAUUUGACAAAGUGAGCGAGGAAAAGGAGACGGCGCUGAUCAAGAAUGCCCAAGCUCCCCGUAACAAGCAGCACGAGGUGGAGGAGGCCACCAACAUCCUCACUGCCACGCGCAAGUGCUUCCGGCACAUUGUCCUCGACUACGUCUUACAGAUAAACGUGCUACAGUCCAAGAGAAGGUCGGAGAUCCUAAAAUCAAUGCUGUCCUUCAUGUACGCCCAUCUGACGUUUUUCCACCAAGGUUAUGACCUCUUCAGUGAACUGCAGCCUCUUAUGAAACAGCUGGGAGGGCAGUUGGACCAGCUGGUGGUGGAUGCUGCCAAAGAGAAGAGGGACAUGGAGCAGAAGCACUCCACCAUCCAACAAAAGGCUGCACUGCAGGAGGUGACAGAGCUCCACUUUUUACCAGACUACAGCAACUUUUGCGCUUGGAGGUCGACCUCUGAUUUCUCGAAUGACGACACAAAGCUGGAGUACAAUGUGGAUACAGACAACGGCAUCGCCAUGGAGGGUUAUCUGUUUAAGAGGGCCAGCAAUGCCUUCAAGACAUGGAAUAGGCGCUGGUUCACCAUCCAAAACAAUCAGCUGGUUUACCAGAAGAAAUUUAAGGACAACCCUACAGUGGUGGUAGAAGACCUGAGGCUAUGCACAGUCAAGCACUGCGAGGACAUAGAGCGUCGCUUCUGUUUUGAAGUCGUGUCACCCACCAAGAGCUGUAUGAUGCAGGCAGACUCCGAGAAGCUGCGACAGGCUUGGAUCAAAGCUGUCCAGAACAGCAUCGCCACCGCCUUCCGCGACAAGGGAGAUGACAGUGAGAAGCUGGAUAGGAAGUCGUCCACAUCAACAGGGAGCCUGGACUCUGGAGGGGAGCCAAAGGAGAGAUCACUGAAAGGAGAGAGUGCCCUGCAGAAAGUCCUGGCCAUCCCAGGCAAUGUUUGCUGCUGCGACUGUGGGCAGCCGGAGCCCCGCUGGGCCAGCAUCAACCUGGGCAUCACCCUGUGUAUACAGUGCUCUGGCAUCCACAGGAGUCUGGGAGUGCAUUUCUCCAAGGUUCGUUCUUUGACUUUGGACACUUGGGAACCAGAACUGCUAAAGUUAAUGUGUGAACUGGGCAACAAAGUAAUCAACCAGAUCUAUGAAGCUCGGCGAGAGGAGCUUGGAGCAAGAAAACCACAGCCGGGAGAUCCGAGGCACGAGGUCGAGGCCUACAUCAAAGCCAAGUAUGUGGAUCGUCGAUUUGUACGCCGGCCGUCAGACGAGGAGCUUCGCAGCAAAGUGGUCUCUCUGAGCAAACAGGAGAAGAGGCUGAGCGGCAACUCUGAGCACAUGCCACCAAAAGCGCCUCCACCCACACCAAAACUUCGACCUGGUUCGAAUGCUUCAGGGCAGUCAGCUGCUGCCAGUGGUGCCGAGGCCCGCCGGGACUCUCUCUUCUGUCCUGACGAGCUUGACUCGCUCUUCUCCUACUUUGACACCUCCUCCAAGCUCAGGAGCAUAAAAAGUGCAGACAGCGGCAUCCAGAACAGUGCUGAUGGGAGCAGGGAGAUGCUGGCCACCACCCCCUCCAAUGACAGCCUGGCAGAUGCAGAACCCGCUGAGACUCCACCCAUGCCCAUGCCCGCCACACUGCCUCCUCCGUCACCCUGUAAGGAGAUGGUUUUCUAUGAACCCAAGGAGUACAGCCCGGGUCUUCAGCUCUACUGGGCGUCCUGCGCCCGCAGCCUGCCGGACAUGGCAGAGGCGCUAGCCCACGGAGCCGAGGUCAACUGGGUCAAUACGGAGGAGGAAAAGAGGACCCCGCUGAUCAUGGCAGUGCAGGGGGGGUCUCUGGUCACCUGUGAGUUUCUGCUCCAAAAUGCAGCGAAUGUGAACCAACAGGACGCUCAGGGCCGAGGACCCCUCCAUCAUGCCACCAUGCUGGGACACACGGGGCAAGUGUGUUUAUUCUUGAAACGAGGAGCGAAUCAAAACGCUACAGACAUUGAGGAGAAAACACCGCUGUCCAUAGCGGUGGAGGCGGCCAACGCAGACAUUGUCACCCUGUUGCGACUAGCCAAGAUGAACGAGGAGAUGCGGGAGGCGGAGGGGCCCUACAGCCAGUCAGGAGAUGAAACGUACCAGGACAUUUUCCAGGAUUUCACCCACAUGGCCUCCAAUGACCCAGACAAGCUGAACCGCUACUAGCAGUACGACUCGCAGCGGCCGUGACGCUGCAGAGCGCCGUCCACCCGCGGUCAGAAGGGCUGUUUUCACAAAAACAAAAGUUGGAAUGAUGUCCACUUCGCAUUCACACUCAUUCAGAAACGGCCCAUCAAAGCCAGCGACCGUAUCUAAUGUAGCCAAAGCUCCCUUUCAUCAGUUCGUUUUCACCAAGGCGAGUGCUUCGUUCAAUUGAAGGGGAGCUUCAACAGUGGAUUUUUUUUAUUUUUAAACUGUGCAUGUUAAUAGGAUGUAUAACAGUAAGUAAAUGGUACAGUGUUAACGCCUUUGGAAGGAUUCACAUAGUCUUAAAUCCAAUGAUAAUUACACUCAGACUGAAUGUAAAGAUGCCGUCAAGGCUGUCGCUUACUUUGACUGAGUUAAAUGUUUGCUGUCACACUUUGUGACGGUGAAGGACACUUAUUGUUUUUUUUUAAUAAAGUUAAAGUUGUGGUGCAUCAGAGCUGCACAGAGAAGUAAGCCCACGGCAGACUUUUAAAGGCUCUGUUUCAUGCUUUUUGUUAACUGCUUCUGCUUUUCAUUGGGACUCUUUUAAUGAGCUGCAGCAUUUUUUUUAAUGUAAGUUUUUCUUUAGAGAAUCAUCAGUAAGUGUAUAAGUGUCCGUAUGCUUUUAUGUUAAAUCACCACAGACGUCUACCAGUUUGGAUGGUGGCUUUGAAGUGUACAGUGAUCUCUGACAGCAGCAAACCCAGAAUGAAUUCACAUGUAAGGUUAAAUAGUUGAUUUGACUUGAUUUUUAAAUGCUUUUCUUUUUUAGAAAUGUAAUUUCUCACAAGUACCUGCAGUGGUUUGAAAAACCAUCGGUCAUUAUUGGGAUGAUUUCACUGUGUAGAUACAGGCAACGCUUUAUUUUAUGGGUCAAUAAUGUUCCAGGUGUUUGUCGGUGUGACAGUGUAACGCUGUUUUUAUCAUAAUGGCAUUUUCCCAGAGUAGAUCCAUGAAAAACUAAAAGAAAACAGUUAAUGCUGGUCAAUCCUGCCAUAGUCGAGUGGCUCGACAUUCACAGCAGCUCGUCAGAAAAACAAAACAUCCUCCUGCUGUUGUAAACCAGUCGGCUAUCGAUCGUUAUACAAGCCCUUUAAUAAGACGACAGCAGCGCGCGGUAAAAUGUGUUUUAUAGCUUAGCAGUUGUCUGUAACGUAUCUAAUGCUGCAGUCACACAAAAUACAGUGGCUGUACCAAAAACGUUGCUGCGACUGUGCAAUAAACUUGUUGCCUUUGAAAUAGGUGUAGCUUUGAGGACGGGAAGAAGAUGCUGGAGUCAGUCUGAUAUCAGUUUGUGAUUGAAUGAGGUCACGUUGGCAGUUGCAUGAAAUCGCUUAAAUUUGAAGCAGUAAUUCUUCCAUAAAUAACGAUGUAGUUGCUGCAGGACGGCAAUUUAACUGCAAAAUGACGCAGGUGCUCAUCAGCCUUGCUUUGAUGUAGGAAUAUAACCACGGUACAACCGGUUUAGACCAGGUGAGUCAAGUUUCCUAUUGUAAAGAUGUGCAUCACAAAUGAGUCGCCCUCACCGCUGCAGACUGACUGUAUCAACAGUUAUCUGCAAACUCUCAGCAAUCUGUCUGAGAGCGAAUGCAGUCAGUCCGUGUCCCGGCUUUCUUUGGAGACACGCUCCCUCCCACGUGGUCACCUAAAGGUUGAGGGUAUUGCACGCUUGGUCUUUGACACCAAAAAAUUCAGUGCAAUCAACGCACAACUGUUGGCUUUGUUUUUUCCUCUGUGCAAGGUUGCUGUUCGGUUUGGUCGUUACUGAAAAAUGUGAGUUCUCUGACCGGCUGAUGAGUCGCUGUUGGCGGUCGCAAAGGCAUCAGAUAGCUCCUUGCAGUUGCUUUGGUUGCUAGUAGAUUGCAGUUGUCGCCUAUAGUUUGCAUGGGCGGUGUACAGUCAUCCGCAAACACCGCUGAGUUUUAGUGAAGCUCGAAAAAGUGCGACACAAACUAGAUAUGGAAGUUGUGCCUUACCACUGACUUAUCAUCGUUUCAUUAUUUUGGUCAGACUUUUUUCAAGAUUUACUACCACUUCAAAAGUACUUAGCAUCUGCUGUGCAGACUUCCACAACUGUGGCAAUCCGCUAGCAACCAAAGCAACUUUAUAUAAUACGCAUUUGUGGUCAAUUUCAACUCACAACUGCCAGAAACCGCUCGGCAACUCAUUGGGAAGUACACAUUUGCCCCUGACAGCGUAACUAAAAAGCAGCAGAAAACUAAAAAUUCUGAAAAUGAGCAUCUUCUUAUUUCAUGGAUGAAUCUAUAAGCAAUAUCAGUGCUUUUCUGUCCAAUUAAUCUGCUGUGUGCGUGUUCAGACCAGCUGAAUUCAGCACUGUGCUGUUUCCUGCCUCUAACUAUACAGAAGACGAGAUUAAAUAUAGAUCCACUGAACGGCUGUCGCUGAAGCACAGAGGCCGAGGUUUACUCAGACAUGUAAAUGGUGCACACAGUCUCUCAUAGCUAAUUAGGAGCAAACUACACCGACCCUUCAAUGAAAUUUGUUAGCAGGUUUUUGGGAAUGUUUUGAAAAUGACAGACCUGUAAACUCAGAGCGAUGCAGAGUAACCGGAUGUGUUAGUGAGUAAUGCACCUGCUGUGAGACAUUUGUUGUUUCCGUCCUCUCGUGUGUUGAGCUGAGACAUUAACCCGAUGGAUCCAGUUUAGACGCCUCCGGGUGAGUUCAGUGAAAUCUUCAAAUUCGACUUCUGCAACUUCACUGAUGGAAGUUUUGUACUGUGAGUUUCUGUGUUCCUCGCUUCUCCUGCACUUCACUUUGAAAGUUACACGACAUACAGUCAGAUGUUAAUCGCAGAGGAAACCUGGGGCUGAUGAAACUUGGGAUACAAUUCUUGUACAUUUUGUACAGAUGCUUUUGAAUUCUCCAGAGGACUGAAGUAUAAAGUUAAAGGUACUUGAAUCAUUAAAUAAGCUUUUGUAUAUGCUGUUCUUUGUAUCGUUCAAUAAUUUUAGCCCCCUUUUUUAAAUUGCCUGUCUGUACACCAAUAUACAUGUACUGUACGUUAUACCUGUAAUAUGGAAGGAUUUCAAUACAUACAGACUUGAGGAUUCAGCUCAGUGUUGGUUCUUUUACUUUGAGUUCUUCAUUUGACUUCAUUAAAAUCAUCAAACAGC